UAUAAAUAAUUAGUUUCUCAAAAUAUUUUAUGAUAAUAAGAAAUGGUCGAGCCACUACCAACAAUUUUUCUUGAUGAGAAUGGGUCUUCUAAAAACAUUCUUGUCCUUGACCAUAAGUAUAAUAAGUUCUUAAGUAUUAAAAUUUCGACCGCAAGAGAAAUUUACGACCGUAACUAUAUAGACAUACUAAAUUCCUACAUGAUAUUUAGUAUUGAUUGCUGCUCUGGAUUUAAUUUGGCGAAAUCGAAUAAAAACUAUAAACAAUUCUCAUAUUCUCCUAAAGAUAUACCUCUUUUUUGGGAAAACUCCCCAAAAGACGUAAAAGACGAAUAUGAGAAAAUUUAUAUAGGUUUCAGAAAAUUUAAACCUAAAGUUAAAAAAUUUGUUAUGUGCGAUCCUUUAGAAAAAAACGAGAAGAAUUUCAGUAAAACGGCCAAAACCAAAAAUUCGGGUGGUCAACUCAAUAUCGAUACUACUAUACCUUCUGACUUAAUGGAAUCAAUAUUUAACUAUGUAGAGGAAAAUGGGAUCAUCCCAAAUUCAGAUCCUUGUCAUUCGGAGUAUUACUCACUAUACAAUAAUUCUUCUAAAAAAAUGCAAUGAAUUUUAUUUCGCAAAUCACAAAUUCUAAAUUCGUAACCGAAGUUUUUUUCGCAAAUUUUAAAUUCGUGAGGGAUGUUUUCGCAUGUGUUAUUCUUGUUAUUCUUAUGGUACAAAAAAAAUAAGCUUCGCAAAUUUUAAGGGUGUUUUGUUU